AACUUAAGUUAAGAACUGACAUUUAGUAUCAAGUUACGAAAACACUGUGAAUUUAUUGUUGUCGUUUCUAUUUCCUAUUAUUUAGAAGUUCAUUGUGCUAAAUUAUUAAUAUGAUAGCGCGGCCCUGGACCGACGACCUGCCAAAAUGCAAGAACACUUGUGUUGCCUCCUACUUUUCCCGUUUAGGCGGUGGAAAUACGAACACAACGGAUGACUAUCUUUGUUUUUAUUGCCAAACUGAAGACAAUUUUUCUCUAUAUGGAGUAUUUGAGCCACACAAUGGGUUGGAUGCUGCGAGGUUUAUCAUGCAGAGGAUGGCUGCCGAGAUCCUGUUCCCGCCACCAUCAGCUAACACUGACGAGGAGAUUAGAGAAAGACUGAGAAAUGCAUUCAUAUCUGUGGAGAAGGCUUAUGCAGAGAACUAUGAUGGUAUGAUAGCUGAGAGGACGAGCCUGCAGUACCAGUUAAGGACUUUAAAUGAUACACAGAUUACUCAAAACAACAAUAUACUGGCCCGUUUAAAAGAAAUCGACGUCCAUCUAUCUGGUGGUGCUGCAGUAGUAAUAGCACUCGUCCACGCCAACAAACUAUUCGUAGCUCAUGUGGGAGACACGAGAGCCUUGCUGUGCAGGACGGACGACAAUGCUGUGUUGAGGGUGGUUCAGUUGACGGUAGACCAUAGCUUGAAUAAUGAGGAUGAGUUGUUGAGGCUACAGCAACUUGGUCUUGAUGUUAAUAAGUUGAGGAAUGCACAAUACCUGGGUAACCAGACGGGCACGCGUUGUCUCGGCAACUACCUCGUGAAGGGGGUGUACAAGGCAUUCCCCACCAUCAGUGCGGCGGUCACCGAACCUGUUAUCGCUGCUCCGGAGAUACACGGACCCAUUGUGCUGGAUGAGUCUUGCAGGUUCCUCGUUCUAGUCAGCGCCGGCGUGUACAAGCGCAUACAGGAAGCCAAAGGCAGUUAUGAACAGACAAACAAACAGCUCGCACAAAUCAUAGUAGAAAACUUCAGAAAAGAGACCGAUUUCAGAAUGGUCAGCCAAUCGGUACUCGAAGAAAUAGAACAAGAAUUCGUAUCUUAUUGCGUUAAGAACAACCUAACGCCAAAACCAAACACUCAUAUGUCUCUAUUAAUAAGAAAUUUCAACUUUUUACCGACAAAUGAAGAUGAAAACAUACCACAUCAAACGGUGACUCGAAACGCGUCGGUCCGAUUCAAUCCGAUCGUUCAAUCGAAAUCGAAUACGUUGCUCAACGAAAUCGAUUCGGAAAUCUACUCGUCUGGUACCACGAAUGAGAUUGAAACGAACGAUUCUAAUAUCGAUACUAAUCGAUCGAUUGAAUCGACCUCCGAUAUUUAUCCUACUGGCAGACAGUUUGAUCGAGAUCGCAAGAUUAAGGGCUAUGUUGACUUUUCUUGUUAUUUCGAGAAUGUUGCUAAGGCGAGGAAGAAUGGGACUUUGCCGGACUUUAUUAAGUAGCUACUAUUGACUGCUGAAACGUCCAGAUCAAAACAUAGUCACAUGAACUAAUUUUUAUUCACAGCGCCAUCUGUGGGUAACCCUUGUAAAUAUAGUGAUGUUGUGAACAAAUAUAGCUUUUAUUUGUGUCUUUGUUGCCCAAACAAAAGUUUAAAUAACAAAAAGCUACCCAAAUAGAUUAUUUUAUCAUUUGUAACGGGUUUGAUUCCUAGGCUGACAGUAUUCAGAGGCUUUAUAACUUUUUAAUGUUUCUAAGAU